CAAUCGAACAAGAAGUGAUCGUAAAAUGUUCAAUCAAAUGGAAUUUAUGAUGCAGCUUUAUAUGAUGAACCUGUUGCAGCAACAACAACUGCAGCAACAGCAAAUCCAACAACAACCACCACAACAAGAGCAACAACAGCUGUUGGGCUUUGCCCAAACACAAACUGAGGAUAUCAGUAGCAGCACUUGCCUGCAACAGCAACAGCAGCAGCAACCACAAAAACAACACAAGACUCGAACAGACAAACGAACAAAUUCACAAAACACAAACUGUAGUUCGAGUAGCCGUAGUUGUAGUCCCAAUAGUAAUUUGAAUACGUUGUCGUCAAAACAACAACAGCAAUGUGAAGAACAUGCAACAUCACUACUAACAACACCCACAAAAACUAAUAGCGCAAACAUAAACUUUGCCCAGCAAUUGCCACAAUUGUUGUUCAGCAAUAUAUCGCCACUGACACACUUCAUGUUGCAACAACAACAACAACAACAACAGCAUUUGCUGACAACUUCAACUUCCAAUCAGCUACUAACACCUAACACGCCCAGCUCCACACAGCAACUACAGCUGGAUCAGCUUACCAGAAAUAACUUUUUGCAAUCCUCCGCAGUGACAUCGACGCCGAAUGAACAAUCAGCAGCAGUAGCAGCAGUAGCAGCAGCAGCAGCAACAUCUGCAGCAGCAGCAGCAACAACAACAGCAACUGCUAAUGUCACUGGCAACAUUCCGGCAGACACUGUCAAAUAUGAGCAGUAUUUCGAUGAUGAGGAUGAUAAGCCGCUGUCUAGCCUGAACAGCUGCAGCUCCUCGGGCAUGGCCAGCACUAAUGAUGCCACUAGCGCCACCAGCGCCAACAGCGAGAAGUUGUUGCUGUUGUCGGGCAUACAGUCGCUGGAGAGCACGAGCAUCAACGACGGCAGCAUUAACUCGCCCAGCAUGUAUACGCCCGUUAAACAGCCGGCGGAUUCCUCAUAUAGUGCCAUGACCUCCAUCGACAAUGAUGAGGAGACAUUUAAUACACCCUUACCACAGAGCAAGAAUUCGCUGCUGACGCCACCGCCAUCCAAUGAUCAGAGUAAGGCAAGCAUUGUCAGCCUGAGCACGGCCAGCGGUUUGGAUGCCUUUCUGCUGAACGAGGAGAAUCUGAAAUAUCUACGCAAGGUGUCCUCGUAUCUGGAGUGCGAGAAUGUGCUCUGUCGCCAGGAUACGUUGCGUGAGCAUUUUCACUGCUAUGACGAACCCUGCCAGGGCAAGACUCUUAGCAAAAAGGAUGACAUCAUCCGCCAUCUGAAGUGGCACAAGAAGCGCAAGGAAAGUCUCAAACUGGGCUUUGCCCGCUUCUCCUCAGGGGACGACUGUGCGCCCGCCUAUGGAGAUAGCUGUGCCUACAACUGGAAGCAGACGCACUAUCACUGCAUCUACGAGCACUGUCCCAAGGUCUAUGUGAGCACCAGUGAUGUCCAGAUGCAUGCCAACUUCCAUCGCAAGGACUCGGAGAUUGUGAACGAGGGUUUCCGGCGCUUUCGCGCUCAUGAAAACUGCCGAGUCGAGGAUUGUCCCUUUUAUGGCAAGAAGAUAUCUCACUAUCACUGCUGUCGCGAGGGUUGCAAUCACACUUUCAAGAAUAAGGCCGAUAUGGACAAGCACAAGACGUACCAUCUGAAGCAUAGUCAGCUGACACAGGAUGGCUUCAAGAAGAUACUGAAAACGGAACCAUGUCCUUUCGAGUCUUGCAAGUUCUCCAUGGUCAGCAAUCACAUUCAUUGCUUACGCGUGGACUGCAACCACAUCCUGCACUCGAGCAGCCAAAUGAUUAGUCACAAGCGCAAACACGAUCGUGACGAUGGCGAACAGCAGCUCAAGAGCAAACAGGACGACUUGGAGGACGCACCACAAACACAAGCAACUAUUGCACCUGAAUUGAACAGUAACAGCUUCAGUUCCACCUCGACACCACUCUCUUCGCUCUCCACGGAGCACUUCCUGGCGCGCAAGCGAGGACGCCCACCCAAGAUGAUUCAACUGCCCGUGGAUGCGCAACAAUCUGAAGCGAAGCGUCUCAAACUGGCUGACACAGACAGCUUUCCGACGCCGCCAACUCAACUCCCGCCCUCAUCCAACAGCAAUGCUCUCAACAGUGGCCUGCUUGCCAGCCUUUUGCCCAACUUUAUGCCUGUUGCAGAUGCAACAGCGCCAAAUUUCCAGAUGACGCAUCUUAUGGCGCUCUUUCAACUACAAAAUCCGCUCUUCUAUCAGAAUAUGUAUCCCGGCACCACAGAUGCCAAUAUAAUGCAGACCUUGCCUCAGAAUUCGCCCGUCCUUGGCAAUUUGGCUGCCUUCAACGUGGCGGAUGCAGCAGCAGAUGCGGUCAUGCAACAGCCAAAGACCGAGUUUGGCAUUGAGCCCGAAUUUAAGGAGUAGAUAAGAUAGUUUUAGUAGUGUGUUUGUAGAACGAUCACGAGUCGAGGAUCAGGCUUAAAUAGGUUUCCCGGUAAAUGUUAGAAUGUGUUCAGGAAGUCCCUCUGCAUUUGUUAUAGCUACAAAAGCGAACUCAGCCACAUUUUGGUGACCGAAGAGCCUUAACAAAAUG